UGGAGAGAAAUGCCUUUUCAACUGCGCAUAGUUUUUGGAUCUGUAAUUUUCUGUAUUUUUGCUGUUUUAUUUCUUCUUUUACUUGUUUGGCUUAUUUGGAGAGGUUGUUGUUGUUGUGAUAGACGAAUUGGGCAUUCAAAAAUGUCAAAUAAUAGCAGCUAUCCUAAUGGAGGUUCUAUUUCUGGUACGAAAUUGGAAAAAUUUAAAAAGUUUGGCAAAAUUUUUUCAGUUAAAUGCGAGCCUGUUGAUGGAAUGACAGCAAGUGAGAGUUGCGGAACCCCUCCCUAUCCCCUUCCUCAACAAUAUUUUUACAAUAACGAAGCUGGUGGAUUAACAGCAGAACAAUAUCCCCCUCCAAAUGGAAAUAUUCAUUUUCCCCCAGAAAUGUUAGAUCAACAACAAAUGUUAUUUGAAUAUGAACAACAACAACAACAAAUUUAUGGAAAUGGGAAUAAUGGAUAUUUUUGUGAAGAUAAUAAUUCUACAAUAUUUGAUCAACAACAAAUAAAUAAUAAUGGUAGAAGAAGUAGUGCUUCUACAUUUAAUAAUAAUAACAAUAUUGGUGGUGGUGGUAGUGGUGUUUAUUGCCCUUCUAUGCAAUGUUAG